GAUACGAUGAGUGAAGAAUUUAAAUUGCCAAAACGUUCCCGUAAGCGGACGCGUGAUGUUAAGCGACGAGCAAGGCCAGAAUUGGACAAAGAAGGUUGGGUUGCUUUGCGCUAUGCGGAGCCCGAACGUUUUGAACCAUUCUGUAAGGUCAACGACAACAUGGAAAGGAUCAGUGAGGAUGAGGUCAGUUGUGAGGAAUUUAUACGACGUUUUGAGGAGCCAUAUCUCCCCGUGGUGAUUGUGGGCAGUCAAAAGGGCUGGCAGGCAUUGGAGAAAUGGACCCUACCACGUUUGGCGAAAAAGUACCGUAAUCAGAAAUUCAAAUGCGGCGAAGACAACGAGGGGUACAGUGUGAAGAUGAAAAUGAAAUAUUACAUAGAGUAUAUGCAGACGACCCGAGACGAUAGUCCGUUGUAUAUUUUCGACAGCAGUUUCGGUGAGCAUCACAGACGCCGGAAACUUCUAGAAGAUUAUACGGUGCCGAAAUAUUUCCGUGAUGACCUCUUCAAGUAUUGCGGCGAGGAGAGACGUCCUCCUUAUCGUUGGUUUGUAAUGGGCCCUGCCCGUUCGGGGACGGGUAUCCAUAUAGACCCCUUGGGUACCAGUGCAUGGAACGCCUUGAUAAGUGGUCAUAAACGUUGGUGCCUCUUUCCCACCCAAACACCAAAGGAAUUGUUAAAGGUGCCCUCCCACCUGGGUGGUAAACAAAAAGACGAAGCCAUUACAUGGUUUAGUACCAUAUAUCCGCGAACAAAACAGGCCGAUUGGCCUAAGGAAUAUGCACCCGUAGAGAUUUUACAAAAGCCUGGAGAGACAGUUUUCGUGCCAGGCGGUUGGUGGCAUGUGGUGCUGAAUUUGGAUGAUACCAUUGCCAUAACACAAAAUUUCUGUAGUCGUACCAAUUUUCCGAUUGUGUGGCAUAAAACAGUAAGGGGUCGUCCUAAAUUGUCACGAAAAUGGUUGAGGGUGUUACGUGAAAAAGAACCGGAAUUGGCUAAAGUGGCGGAAAAUAUUAACAUAAAUCAAAGUACAGGAUUCGCCUCGGAUAGUUCCAGUAAUUCGAGUUCCUCCUCAUCCAGUUCGUCAUCAUCCUCCGAAUCGGAUAGUGAUAAUGGUGGCAAUCACAGCGAAGACGACUCAUGCUCCUCGAAUACGGACAGCGGCCAGGAAAGUCUCACUGCCAAAAAGAAAAAGAAACGGCGCAUGGGUGAGGCAAUGACCUCAAGCUCAUGAUGGCCGUUAUUAGUAUUUAAUUGU